AUGAAACAGAAAGGUGUUCCUUUAAGCCCUAAAGUCGUCCGCUUUCUCACCGGUCGCAGAAAGUCUUUUAAGAAAAAGGCUUCCCUAAAUUUUCGUGGCAUCCGGAUCGGGAUACCCCGGCACGACGAAGACUGGCCCCUUUGUUUCGGGGUACCGCCGUUGUCACGGAGCAUGGGAAGGACGCGCGGCGAUUACCCCGAAAACCUUCGCUUGCUUGGAGGCAUCUGGAGGCUCACGCAGCACAACCGGCGAGCAGAGCCAAGCCCAACCAUUACAGUCAGGAGACGCGUGGGCGUGACGUCCUGGAAGCGGACGUGUAAAGCAUAUCGCUUUUCGCAUAUCACUUAUCCCGGUCACCCCUUCCAUCCAGAGAAGGUAAGUUCAAAGCCUAAUUAUUUCCUUUUCUACUUAUUCACAUCCUCACUCGAAUAA